AUGAAUACCCCCAAGUUAAAAUCUGAAUUAGACAAUCGAUGGAUGUUCUCAUCCUUUUUUUUGAGUGUUCGUGGAUAUUCAUUGAAAAUGUAUGCUUGAAAAGCGAAACUAUGAAAAAUUUUUUGAGUGUUCCUUAGGCGUUGCUAUACUCAGAUCGAUCGAUUGUCUAAUUCAGAUUUUAACUUGGGGGUGUUCAUGGGU